AUGUGUUCUGAGGCUAACAAUCUCGUUCGACUAGAACAACGAAUUAUAAUGUCUCCUGAUGCCGUGUCGUUGUUAUUUCCCGAUCGGCCGAUUCGGCCCCUGCCGAAACGCCGACUUCGGGAAAGGUUAUCGCCAGAGGUAGCCAACUCGAUCAAAUAUCCCUCUAAUAUCCACGACCAUAUACCUCUAUUCUACUAUCCAUCCUAUACUACGAGGAACGACAACGGGAUACCCGCUUUGGCAUCGAUUAGCCCCACUCUCCAACACCAUCGUGAUGAUUCUAGAAGGAAUUCUACGUUGCGACGGAAUGGGGCUGUUAUGGCAGCUGUAUUCAAGGAAGAAUUGCGAGAAACCCUUAUGAUGGGAUCGUCGCCGAAAAUUCAGAGUGUGGUAAUACAAGCCUCUGCGGCGUUGGACCCUCUUCGCCAGACGAUGGAGUUACAAGUGAUACCUUCUGCUGCUUCUUCGGCGGACGGCUACGAGUCAUUUGAAAACACCAACAACAAGAAGAAGCGGAAAAUCCCCACUACCGGAGAUAUCUCUUUAGCAAACAACAGUUUUUCUUUGGGCGGCGAUACCAGUGCGUCAUCGAUAUCGAAUUCUAUGCGAGCUCGGUCACCGGUGGCUGAAGUAUCCAGUAGUAGAGCAUCACUGGCCCCAGCUGCGUCCCCGGCAAACAAUUCGCAUGUUUCAAGUAGUCAAGGACUAUCUGGAUCCGGCAGAGGGAGACUUGGGCGAUCUAAUAAUGGACGCAGUCCCCUGCGAGCUUUGCCAGAUGGAAGCAAUGUUUGGUCCAGCCGUUCAAAGGCUACUUCAUCCCAGUGGACACCGGCUGAUGCAGGCCAAACUGGAGGCGGUAUUAUAUCGAAUGCGAUUGCAACUGCUGAGAAAGAACCUUUGCAAGGACAAGAGAAUGGAAGUCUGUUGCAGCCGCAUACGACUGCUGACAGGGCAAUGCCUGCUUCUACUCAGUUCACAUUCACUUGUGAGCCACAAACACCCGGAGCUAUACAGUGGCCAGGCCGCUCCACAGGCCAAAGUGUAUCAACUCAGUCGUCCCAAAACUUACCAACUGCACCUCACCCGAGUCCCAGUGUACCACAGGGUAGCCCAUCGAAGCAAGUCAGUAAGCACCCUGCUGGCUCUACUCGAAAGUCUCGCGGCCAUGUAGAGAGGGAACUGGUCAUAGCUGCACGCCACCGACGCCAAAUUGCUACGGAAAACUACUAUCAUAGCUUAUUAGAUUCGGCCGAGAUUUGGAUUUGUGAGUUCUGCGAGUACGAGCGCAUCUUUGGCGAACCUCCCCGCACUCUCAUUCGAGAUUACGAAAUCAAGGAUCGUCGACAUCGCCAGGAAGAAGCAGACCGAAAACGAUUAUUAGAAAAGGCAAAAGCAAAAAGCAGAAAGGGGAAGAAAAACAACAAGGCAUCCGCAAAAAACGGCCAUACAAACGACCAUAUCCCGGAUCAACCUCAGGCUACGCGGCCAACUGACAUUUCACCCGCCAUGACUAAUGAACAGAGCCGCUCCACCCACCCUGGCGACGGAUAUGAAGACGAUAAUGAAGACGGAGAUGGUUAUACAGACGCACCGCCCAGACACAACUCCAAUUCGGUGGCCACCCACGCAGAUCCCCUACCUCCACCGCAAGCAAAAACUUAG